UAUGGUGCUGACACUUUGGCCAGAAACUGCCUUAUUUCAGUUAGAAAAACAUUGUCAUAUCCCCCCUUUUAAUUCUUUUUCUUCUGGCAGGGUAUGCAGUUAUCGCUUCCCUGGUUUUUACAUGCAUUUUUGCUCUCUAAUACUUUCUUCCACAGCUUGUAGCUGUCCUGUUUUUGUUAACUUUUUGCUCCGGGGCAUGGGGUGGACUGCCUGCCGGGACAGCCCCGGUCGGGCUGCUGACAUCUCUGAGGAGUGCUGCAACUCAUCUGUUGGGUGUGACAGCUUUAAUGCCUUUGCCAUGUGCAUUACAAUAGGGCACAAAACAUACAUGUGCAUGAUCCUGCAGGAGGGGAAUGUGGGCAGUUGGUGGAGGGAAAAAUUCCUUCUAUUCCCAUAUUUAAUAUUGCUCAAGGCUCAGGACUAGAUUAAAAAGGGCGAGUAAGCAGAAUCCCUGCCAGGGAAGCUAAGCUAUUCAGGAUUGUCAAGGAGAGGUCUGGAGGAAUGUUGUGAGGAAUUAAAUCAGGAGCCACAUGGAGCUUUCCCUCUAUGCUUAUUUUGUUUGCCCUCCUAUGAAUUUCUAAGUAUGUGUGGUUCAUAGAAGACCCUCUUGAAUGAAGAAAGCAUCAGUGUAUAAGGAGAAAUCAACACCUUAAACCUGUUGAAUAAAUAUGCAUCUAUCUGAAUGUGUUUGUUGAAGUGUUUUUAUUCCCAAAACAGGAUAGAGAAAAUACUAAUUAAAAUUUCAUUUUGUUGGUAUUGGUAAAGUUGGUUCCCAUUCAUGUUAAGAGGAUGGCAAAAUCAACUUUGAGAAUAUUCUUAUGAAUUUGUUUAUAGCUGUAGUACUUACUGCAUUUCUAUCAUAGUAUGUGCACAUAUAGCUGAUACAUUUCAUUUUUCCACAUGUCAAAUGAGAAUUGUGGAACUUCAGGCUUUAUAUUAUGGGCAUAUCAUUUGCUUGGGAAAGUUGCAAUAAAAAUAAAAUACAACCUUCACUUACGUGCCAAAAAUUAAAUUGUAGCUCAAACAUGAAAUGCCUGAUGUCACUCCUUCUACCUAAAAGCACUCCUUUCAUUUUUUUAGGAGCUUGUGAUGUGAUCAGCUGAAGCGAAAACAUCUACCUCAUGACCUGGCAUGUAAGUGAAGGAGGAACUGGUACUUAUAAAUAAAUAAAUGUGUGUGUUGGUGUUUACAAUGUGUAAAUUGAAUCUAUAUACCUUCAACUUUCAGAUAUCACCUUUUAAAUGAAAGCUUUCUGAAUUUUAAAGGAAUAUAAAGUCUUUUAAAGGGGAGGAAGUAAUAAAAGAAGCUGUUAACAGUAACAUUUCAGCCUGCAGGACUCCUUAAUAAUGUUAGUUAAAAUCUCUCUUAUGUAUCCCAUAAUGCUUGAAAUGUUGGUAGGCAUAGAUGGAAUAAUUUUAUCUUACCUCAAUAUUUACAUGUGCUGCUUCUAAUCCUUUUUCUUCUGUGCUUCUUUUCUGGAUAUAAAUUCUGAUAGUUGUGAUGCAUGCAUACUAUACAUGGUGAUACCCUUCCUAAAAUUAAAUACUCUGCUUGUGCAGAAGAUUUAGAUUCUUGAUAUUCUCAAGAGACUUCAUAGUGAACUUUCUGCAGCUUUGUGACACUUUUAUUUUAUUCCCUUAAGUAAGCAAAAAUAUUUCAGUCCUCUGCAGAGGCAUUUUUAGAUUUUUUUUUUUUUGUCUGCCUGCUCUGCUUUUCUUUUAUGUGGCUUAGAGGAUUAAAGUGCAGUCAAUGCUUUGAGGGGCCAAUGUCAGUGGUGAGCUGAGUGUUCCUAAUUGGUGCCAACACCUGUCCCUCAUUAUGAAGCCUUGUUCAAGCUGUCCGGUGAACCGAGGUAACCGGUCUCCCUUGCAUGUCUCUAAUGUGAUUAUAAAGCCCUCUCCUCAUGCAAGUUUUAUUACUUAUUCAACUUUUGGACUGAUGUGGAAAGUGAAGCUAAGCUGAGCCAUUUGGCUGGCUACCAAAGAUCAUAAGGAGUGGCAAAGAGAAGGGAUUCACUCAUCUCAAUUUCAAGAAUUUUAGUUCAAAGCUUUUGCUUCUGUUUUGACUGUUAACUUUUUUUUUUUUUUAAGGGGGAGGAUUGUUUUUUGGGGUUUUUUUUCUUAUUUUCAGUGUCAAAUGCUCUGAAUUUAGAGACCAAAUCUACAGACUCCAACUGAGCUGUGAACAUCUGAGUGCAGCUGCUAUUGUGCAUAACCCAUUGAUUUUCUGCAAAUAGAGCUUUGGCCUUGACUACUCUUGCACCAUUGCUUUGUCUUCGAGGGGUCAGGGCUUAGCAAUUCUUUUCUACACAAAACCAGCGUCAGCCUCUCCUCCCACCUGAUUCUGUACUGUUAGCAGAGUUACAAUGCAUUGUGCUUUGCCAUUGCAGUUGGAAAAGAUGACCUCAGACAUAUUUCACCGUUAAAAUUAAUGGCUCAGAUGAGAUGGAUCACUAUCAUGUUUGGGCUUUACAGGCAAAAGCUUAAGCAUGGUUACAUUUUUCUAAGUAGUUUAAGUAAGUUUUUAAGCAUUUAGCUUGCAAAAUUCAAGCAUGCAGCACUACAGUGCUGGCUGGAGGUUUUGGGCUAUUUCCUUAUGAGGGAGGAGAGAGAAUAACUUGAGAUGUGUAUCUUGGAAACGUUUGAGAUAAUAAACCUGUAAGAGUCACAGGAGAACACUGUUAGUUAUCCAGAUUUGGAAAACUGUAAGAAGAUAAAAGAGUAGUGGAUUCUUAAAUUUGAGACAUGGAAUUGGAAGUCUGGUUAUUAAAGGGAUUGAAUCUCUGAGGAAUAGAAGAGAACCCAAAUGAAAAUCCCAAGUGGAUAGGGCCCUAAGGUGGACGUAGGCUGUAUUUGUACAACUGUUUGAUUUCUCCUUAAAGAAAAACUAAAAAUCAGCAACUCAAGUACACUGGGAAUGAUGUAAUCUUUUACUCAAUAAUUUUGACCAGAAUAGUUCCAUGAUCAGCAAUCAACAAACUUUAAGGACAACAGUAUGUCAAGCGUCAGAAUCUGCUGGUUGUGCUCAUCAAAAUCUUAUCUGAUAAACAUUCUCAUUUCAAUAUUUAUCACGGCCCUAUAUACAACCAUCUGAUUUGUAGUCCACAGAGGUCAGGUUAGGAAGCGAUGAAUUAAAAAACAGUGAAAUCCAUAGCACAGAGAGGGAUUAAUGGGCUGUGAGUGUGUGUGGUUUCAGAUUAUUUACCUUACUCAAUUAGGCCAGUUGCUGUCGCUGGUAGUGGUCAGCAGUGGACAGCUAGGGAAAGAAAGCAUUGUAAAGUUCUAUUGACUCUGUUUCUUGCAAAAUUUUGAUUUUGGGAUUUCCAGCAGAUUGACAUGACAUUGUGUUUAAUAGGCUUUGUUCUCCAUUUUGCCUAAUUUUCUUCAAUCUGUUUGCUUUUCAACCUCUGCAAUAUGCCAUAGCAUGGAGUUUCUCAAAGUCAUUUUGUACAUAAUGACUUUUUCCCUCCAUUUAAUUACUUUCCCUUGAAGUUUCUUCUGUGACUUUUUUGCUUUCCUUGUCUCCUGUGCCAUGAGAAGCUGUGACUAGUCUCUUCAUUCUGUUGCUUCUCUUUGCCACUUAAAACAGAUCUCCCCUCUUCUGCAUCCUCCUUUCACAGAUAGUCUGUUUAAUCUCUUACCGUAAAGCCAUGGCAAACUUUCCUUAGAGCUGUAGUUGGGGGUUUGCAUUCUUCAAAUACUUCUCCAAUGGUGUUGAGGGAGCUAGAAGAUACUGCCUUGCACUUAGCCUGAAUGAGUGAUCCACUUAUGUUGCUCAUCCGUAAAGCUUUCUCUGUGUAGCUGAGUGGGUGUAGCAAAUGAAACCAGACAGGCUUGUGUCAGUGCUUGUUGCUGCUGCUGCUCUUGGGCCUUCCCAGACAGAUGCCUCUCUUGCAUCAAUGUGCUACAGGUGAUUUGAGAAUGUCCAAAUAUGGUAUUUUAAAAGACAUUCAAUUAAUGUGUGUGUUUUCCUUGUCUUUAGACACUUCCUAGAAGUGUCUCAUAAGUGCUGUGGUGUGACUGUGUAUGUAUUAACUGGAAACCAUAGUCGGUGUUGGGAUAGGCCAACAGCACCCUGACUCACUGGCAGGGAUGUCUGAGCUUCCCUCAUGCCUGAUCUGUGAUCUGCUCCCAGAUCACAGCUUCUUUGUGAACAGCCAGUCACUUUUGGUGUUGCAGAGCUGGGGAGGUGGAUGGCCGGAGUCUGGGGUGGCUUUAUCCUGCCCCAGUCCAAGUGCAGGCUUGAUUGUGCCUUCUCUCCUUUGCAGAGCCCCUGGUAACUGGUACAGCUGCAGUCUGCCCCAUGUCCUGCAGCUGGGCGAGGAUGCGUCAGGAUGAAACGCCACAGGCAUCUAAGCACCAGUGACAGUUCAGACAAUGAGAGUCCUUCCACUUCCUUUUCUUCUUGUUCUAAAUACAGGAGCAAGUCAAAAACACCAGCAAAUGAACAAAAGAAGCCUGCUGAGGUGUUCCGCAAGGAUCUCAUUAGUGCCAUGAAACUCCCAGAUUCUCACCAUGUCAACCCUGAUGAGUAUUACAUCUUUGCAGACACGUGGAAACAAGAAUGGGAGAAAGGGGUUCAGGUUCCAGCCAGUCCAGAAACUAUUCCACAGCCUUCUCUCAGGGUUGUAGCAGAAAAAGUAAAAGAAGUACUGUAUACACGACCCAGGAAAUACAUCCACUGUUCCAGCCAAGAACCCACAGAGCCAGGUUACAUCAAUAUUUUGGAACUAGCAGAAUCUGUGUGUCGUUAUGACUUGGAUGACAUGGACAUCUUUUGGCUCCAGGAGCUAAAUGAAGAACUUACAGAAAUGGGAUGUGGUCUCCUGGAUGAAAACACGAUGGAAAAGACAAUUGAAGUGCUGGAGCGGCAGUGCCAUGAGAACAUGAACCACGCCAUCGAGACUGAAGAAGGAUUGGGGAUCGAGUAUGAUGAGGAUGUCAUCUGUGAUGUGUGCCGGUCCCCGGAUAGUGAAGAUGGGAAUGACAUGGUGUUCUGUGACAAGUGUAACAUUUGUGUCCAUCAGGCUUGCUAUGGAAUCUUAAAAGUACCCGAAGGGAGCUGGCUGUGUCGCACCUGUGUCCUGGGAAUACAUCCUCAAUGCCUCCUCUGUCCCAAAAGAGGAGGUGCCAUGAAAGCUACCAGGACAGGGACCAAGUGGGCACAUGUGAGCUGUGCUCUUUGGAUUCCAGAGGUUAGUAUUGCUUGCCCAGAAAGGAUGGAGCCAAUCACAAAGGUGUCUCACAUUCCACCAAGUCGAUGGGCUCUAGUGUGUAGUUUAUGCAAACUGAAAACUGGUGCUUGCAUUCAGUGCUCCGUGAAAAGCUGCAUCACUGCCUUUCAUGUCACCUGUGCCUUUGAGCAUAGCUUAGAGAUGAAGACUAUCCUGGAUGAUGGGGAUGAGGUCAAGUUCAAGUCAUAUUGUUUAAAGCACAGCAAGAACAAACAGAAUUCGUUGCCUGAUGUUGAGGAGCACCCCAAGAGUGUGUCAGAGCAAACAGAGAGUGAGAAAACGAGCCUGCGAGCCCAAAAACUCCGAGAGCUGGAAGAAGAGUUUUAUUCACUAGUAAAAGUGGAGGAUGUUGCAGCAGAGCUGGGCCUUCCUAAACUUGCUGUAGACUUCAUCUACAAUUACUGGAAAUUAAAGCGAAAAAGUAACUUUAACAAACCAUUGUUUCCUCCCAAGGAGGAUGAAGAAAAUGGCUUGGUGCAGCCAAAAGAAGAUAGCAUUCAUACUCGCAUGAGGAUGUUUAUGCAUCUAAGACAGGACCUAGAGAGGGUAAGAAAUCUCUGCUACAUGGUAAGCAGGAGAGAGAAACUGAAGUUGUCCCACAGUAAAGUACAUGAACAGGUCUUCAACUUGCAAGUCCAACUCAUUAAUCAGGAAAUUGCUGCAGGCCAUACCCUGACAAGUGCACUAGAGAACACACUGUUCUACCCACCUCCCAGGAUUACCCUGAAGUUAAAAAUGCCCAAAUCAGCAUUAGGAGACUGCAAAAAUAACUCGCUGAAGCCUGGCAACCGACCGCUUUCUCCUGACAACAACAGCACUGUUUACAGCAAACGGAGUAUGCCAAUGUCAAAGGAAUCAUUUGAAAUUAAAGCAAAAUCUUAUGCCAGGUAUCAGCACGACAGCAGAAGUAACGGGUUGCUGGCAGGGAUUGGCAAGCCUCGGAGCGAGGCAAAGGAUUCUGGCCCCACGCAGCUGAUGGAGUUUCACCGGGGCCAGCCAUCCGGGAAGCCUUUAGCGCUCCAGGCUGCUUUGCAUGGACAGUCUUCCAUCGGAAAUGGGCGGGUGCAGCAGGACAACUCAAGGCUGGUGUCCAAAUCCAACGGUCUGAUCGGCAGGGCUGGAGAUGUGAGCCAGAGGGACAGCUCCAGCCAGACAUCCUACGAACAAGAGUCUGUGCUCACGGCUCACUUGGCCAGCCAGAGUGGAUUCCGAAAAUCCACCAUAGAACAUUUCAGCCGGUCCUUUAAAGAGGCUACCAACAGUCUGGUGAGGACCACGGAAGAUCUCCGGUGCUGUGAAAAGCCAACAAGGAGACUUGCAACAAAAGAUCGCUUGUGGAGCAAGCAGACGCUUGAAGGUGCUCCAUACCAGGACAACGAUGGGUACUGUCCUGACUUAGAGCUGAGUGACUCUGAAGCAGAAAGUGAUGAAAACAAAGAGCAAGUGAGGUUAAGACGAAGUAGCUCAGAGAGAGAAAGCCCAAGUAAGGACUUUGGAAGAGACUGUCACAAUAGGAACAAAAAGAAUAUGAUAUCUCACAGUUCGGUACAAAGGUGAUUAGAAGCCCCCACGGGGUAAUUCAGCCUUUAUGUAUUCCAGUGUACCAGUGCAAAGCUCAGCAUCAAAAGGUUCCAGAAAAUAGUCUAGGACCUAUUUAGGAAGAGCUGCAGUAGGGGAUGGGGGAGGGGAGAGAAAUCAGAGUAGUUUUGCUCAACUGUGAAUUGGUUUGCAGUCUUUGCAAGGUUAGCUCAGUUAUCCACAAAGUCACGUGGAAAUUGUGUGUCUUAUCAGAGGGUAACAUCUGGGAGAGCACAAAGUGGUUAAUUGUGCAAAAGUUCAGGAAACUGCUUCCCCCUUGCCAGCUUAAGUGCAAGGCACCGUGUUCGUAUGGAAGCAGUCUCGUAGUGGUGGACAGGUUUUAAAGAAGUCCUUGCAUUGCUCUAGUGUGUUGCAAGGGACUGCAAACGGAGACACUGAAACUGCGUUGUUACGGCACCUGCAGUAUGGCUUUGAUCCAGCAGUGCACUUGCGGAUGUGUUAGGAAGUUAAGCAUGUGAAAAGUCCUGCUGGUUUCCCCCGGGAACGUUUGUGCUCAGAUAUCCCAGCACAUGCCGGUGUGCUCUGCUGGAUCAGGCCCAAAGUGACUACUAAGUGAUGAUCCCCUUCUGCAGGAGGCUUUGAGCUGCAGUGGCGUUUGCAGGCUCCCUGCGGAGGGUGGAAGCAGGCGUCGCUGGCGCUGCCAAACUUGCUGACCUCUAGACGUGCCCCCAUUCCCUGCUUUUGCUGAAGGUUGUGUUUCUCUUCACAAUAAUUCGCUUAUUUUGUAAAUAUACAACUUCUAGUACUUCAGUUUUUUUAAUCUCUGUACAUAGAUGCUUGUUGUGGGAUGCACUUGUAAAUAUUUUACCCAGCUAACAAGUACAGAUGGCUAAUUUUGUGGAUAGUGUUUACAAAAGUAGAUGUACUACUUCAAAGAAAAAUGCUAUUUGACACUUACAUUUAGGCAAUCACCGGUGAUGCCAGGUUCCUCUUGAAACUGAGAUUUCAUAUCCAGAGAUGUUUUUACCUGGUAUUUUUAAAGUCAGCUAAAUUAGAAAUUAUUUUAGCUGAAUUUUUUUUCAGGUGCAAAUUUUCAACCCUAGUUGCCUGAACACAGGCAUGGGAGUUUUCUGGCAUCUAGGUCUGUAAAAUUUUAGCCAGUCAUCAUUUAGAGUAUGAUGGUUUAAUUAAAAAUGGGGUUUUUUAAUUGCUGAAAAUCUACUAUUUUAUUACGCUGCUUUUCAACCUCUGGAUUAGUUGCUGUUUCCCAAUCUAACACAUUUUUUGUAAGUCAUUUAAAAUCAGCAGUUGUUACAUGUGAUUAAAUUUCAGCCAGUACUGAUAGAGGAGUUGAGAAGGGAAGGCAAUGAGUCCCUUUCUGUUUGUUUCAGAGACAACUAGGUUUUUGCUUGAAUGCAAGCUAACUUCAUAUUUUACAGAUGGUGUUGUGUUGAUCAACAAAGUGACUGCACUGGUUUUGUCUGAAAUGCUGUACAUUUCAUAAACACACAGCAUCCUCUGUCCCCACAUCACUGGCUGAAACGACCCAUAGGUUGUGUAGGGCAUGUUGUACAGCUCUGUUGAGGGUUCAGUUUUGCCUACAAACAAAAAGGUGUUCCCCACACAGCGUGAAGAUGACUAUGCAGGAUCUGAAUAUGCAGCAGCUUGUUUCACUUCAUAGAUUUAAUUUAUUGCUUUUAGGUUGGGAAAUGGCAAUGACAUUUUCAGAUUUGUUUUAAACUUUGAAAUCUCCCUAGUUGCAAUAGGACAAGCAGGUCAGGUGCUGGAGGACUCUUCAGUAGUGAAAUAAUAAAAAGAAGUAUACUUGG